AUGAAGAGAAAAAGUCCAUCCUCCUUUUAUGUCUCUCUCUGGUUGCUGUUCACAGCCGUGAUGCCUCAAGCUGUAGAAUCAGCCAAAGGAAAAUAUGCUCACAAGCUGUUCAAUGACCUGUUUGAAGACUAUUCAAAUGCUCUAAGACCAGUGGAAGACACAGAUAAAGUGCUGAAUGUUACCCUUCAGAUAACAUUGUCCCAAAUUAAAGACAUGGAUGAAAGGAACCAAAUUUUGACAGCUUACUUAUGGAUUCGACAAAGCUGGUAUGAUGCAUACCUCAAAUGGGACAAGGAUAAAUACGAUGGGUUGGAUUCUAUCAGGAUUCCAAGCAAUUUGGUCUGGAGGCCAGAUAUUGUCCUAUAUAACAAGGCUGACGAUGACUUUUCAGAACCAGUGAAUACUAAUGUUGUGUUGAGAUAUGAUGGAAAAAUCACUUGGGAUGCACCUGCUAUCACAAAGAGCUCAUGUGUAGUGGAUGUAUCUUAUUUUCCUUUUGACAGCCAGCAGUGCAACCUUACGUUUGGUUCCUGGACCUAUAAUGGUAAUCAGGUAGACAUCAUCAAUUCUCUUGAUAGUGGUGACCUUUCUGACUUCAUAGAAGAUGUGGAAUGGGAGAUUCAUGGCAUGCCAGCGGUUAAGAAUGUAAUCACUUACGGCUGCUGCUCUGAGCCUUAUCCAGAUGUAACAUUCACACUGAUUUUGAAAAGGAAGUCAUCUUUCUACAUAUUUAAUCUGUUGCUUCCUUGCAUUUUGAUCUCUUUCCUCGCCCCACUGGGAUUCUACCUCCCUGCAGACUCUGGAGAAAAAGUGUCACUAGGCGUUACGGUUCUUCUUGCUCUGACUGUGUUCCAGCUUAUGGUUGCAGAGAUCAUGCCUCCCUCUGAAAAUGUACCUUUGAUAGGCAAGUAUUACAUAGCAACUAUGACCAUGAUCACAGCUUCCACUGCGCUGACGAUCAUUAUCAUGAAUGUCCAUCACUGUGGCUCAGAAGCGAAGCCUGUUCCCCAGUGGGCCAGGGUGGUUAUCUUGGACUACAUGUCAAAAAUCUUUUUUGUGUAUGAUGUGGGUGAGAACUGUACAAGUCCACAAAGAGAGAAGGAGCAAGAACAUAAGUUAGAGGGGGAUGAUGUGUGUCGGGGGGGAGACAAAGAGGUAAGGAGUCAACUUUCCAACAGAAAUGAUGACAGUGAUCUCAAGGAGAAGCUGAAUGGAAAUUUGAAUAAAAGCUGUGGAGUUCAUGGUGAAGAUAUUAGGGAGAAUGUUAAUUGCUGUUCCUGUUACAAAAUGCUGAUAAAAAAUAUCGAGUACAUUGCUAACUGUGUUCGAGACCAUAAAGCAAACCGGGCGAAAGGAAUUGAGUGGAAAAAAGUAGCAAAAGUGAUGGACAGGUUUUUCAUGUGGAUUUUUUUUAUCAUGGUGUUUUUUAUGAGUGUGCUGAUCAUUGGGAAAGCAGCUUAA